AUGAGAUAUGGUACUCUAGAUUCUGGUGCACUUAAAAUCUGGAUUGGUGAGGAGGAAGAGGAGGAGGAGGAGGAUGAAAGAGAGGAGGAAGGGGAUGCAAGUGAGGAUGAAGAUGAAGAUUGGGAAGAGAGCGGGGAUGGAGAUUUUAAUGAUUGGAAUAUGGAAACUGGGGAGUUGGUCUUUUCAACUAUUCUUGAAGUCAAACCCGAAGCUGACCAGUGUUAUAUCGAUUCUGGAGGGAUUACUGAAAGAAUUGCUGAAGUUGGAGAAGAUAUACCUGCUGUACCAAGUUCUGCUUCAGUGUCAAAACUUGAAAUAUAUGAUAAAGAGACAAUACAAGCGCAGAGGAAAUCAAGCCAAUUAUUGGAUAGUGCUGGAUAUUAUGAAGAUGUAAUGGCAGAUGUGCAUACUGGUGUGCAUAUCCCCCAACCUGUCGAUUCAUCAACAUCAUCAUCCUCGUCAAAAACAUCCAAAAACAACAUCAACAUCAACAUCAAGAAUCCCGAGAUAAGCAGUACUGGUACUAGUAUCAACACCUCUACCUCUACCUCUACAUCUACAUCUACAUCUACAACAUGUACAACAUCCUCUACCUCUACAUCUACAACAUCAACCAUAAACAACAGUAAUCACAAAAGAAACGAACAAGAUCGAUUUAUGAAAGAUUUGAUAUCUAAACUUGUGAAUGAGAGACGGGAUGCUUUGCAGAUGAGGUUGAGGAGCUCGAGUUCGAGGAGAAAUAGAUGUUUGAUGGUUGUAAGGAGGUUUGGGAAGAGGAUUGGGAAGAGGUUUUCUGUGGCUGGGAAGAGGUUGUAG